AAAUAGUUAAUACCUACAACUCGAUAACUCCUACUUUCGUUUCUGUAGAAACAUGGAUAACUUGCCUAAUGUUUGUGAAGCAACCAGUCAAUCUCACGAUUUGGAUAACUACACUCCAACACACAGAAAAGGUAAAAAAUUACUUGCUGAAAAGAAAAGGAGAGCUCGAAUCAACAAUUGCUUAAUGCAGAUACGAGAUAUAGUGUGUGAGGGAGAUGAAGAAAAGGAUACUGAUCUUGACAAAAUGGAGAAAGCAGAAAUAUUGGAAAAAACAUUAGAGGUCCUGACCAGACUGCGUCAUGAUUACAGCAAAACACAAACCACGAACACAUUUUCAACACGCAGAGCUAUGGCAGUACGUUAUGCUUCAGGCUUUAGCUCAUGCGCGGAGGAGUCCAUCAGGUACAUCCAAAGCUCACGUCUUGUUCCUGCAGAGGUUAAAGUUCAACUUCAGAACCAUCUGAGAACCAUCGCUAGAAGGAUGGAAACAGUGGUUCAGGUGGAUGACCCCAACACAAAUUUCACUUCGCCGUUUCAUGCAUCAGCAUCAACAGUGUCAUCCACUUCCCCAUCUUUGUCAGACAUUUACGUAAGAGACAGAGCUAUCGCAGGCGAAGAACAGGCGAUCCACCAGACCAGCACAACUGACGCCAGACAUGUCUACAUACCCUCACCCAUUCAGUCGUCGACUCCAGCUCUCCAGUACAACAUCACACACAGUACAACCGCUCCACUUCCGCAUCUACAAGAGGAGAGAAUCAUCCCUUCACCAGACUCAUUACCCAAGCAGGACCCAACAAAACGCAGCCCAGGCUUGCGAUGUGUGGAGAAAUUCUACACAGAAUGCCCACACACAACCACAGAGAUCAGCAAAUCACCAUUCCACUACAAACCCCAGUCUGACAUUCACAGUUUACGUAAAUACGAAGCAGUUACCCCAGAUUUCACAAGCGAGCAUUCACUAAAUUCAUACCCCUCGUUACCAGCUGACCAACCCUACCAGUCAACUGUUUUGUCAAUGACGGCUUACACUCCAUCAGUCAGCUCCCCUGUUUUAAUCCACCCAGCAUCCUACCCCUACACAAGCAGUCUGGACUCUCAAGUCUACGGUUACCGCGGAUACGAGCCGUAUCCUUCUACAGCAAUCAGCCUGGUCCAGCCCGCUCGUUAUGUUACACCCACUCUGACCAACAGCCCCUCGCCCUUAAGCUCCAAACAGUCCAACACAUCAAACAGUGCAUUAAAUCUUUGUGUCAAGGGCGGUGUUGACCACCAAAUCUCACCUGAAACCAUGUGGCGACCUUGGUAGAGUGUCCAGCAUUUAAAAAAACAAUUAUAUGAAAGACCUUUAUUUUGCAUAAUAUUUGUAAAUAUGAAAACAAAUGGCCUUUUUGUACAUAUACUUGUAAGUAUGUAUUAAUAUAAAUUAGCUUCAUCUGCAUUCCUUAAUGAAAAUCUGAAAAUUUUAAGUGUAAAAAUAUUUUGUAAUAUUUCUUUGCCAGUA